AUGGCGGGGAGUGGACCUAAUGCCGAGCACGUAUCCCAGAAUAAAGCAGCGGGCUUCGAUAUUCCCACAUUCAUCCCCUACACCACCACCAGCGACCUCCUGGUACACCUUAACAAACUGCCACAUCGAACUCCAUGGCAUCUCAAAGGACUCGAAGGCUUCAUCGAAGGAUACAAGCAAGUCGCCGACAUAGGCAAAGGAUUACAUGUACACGUCACUAACAGUUCUGCGAUCAUUGAUGAAGCUCUUGGACACGCGACUGUGAUUCUGCACGUCCAACUCACUGGAUGGCCGGAUGACAUGAAGCGGGCUGGGACACUUCUGAUGAGUUGGAAGAAGGAGGAGAGGAGAUGGGUGACGCAUCCGUGUCAUAUGUUUUAUGGCAUUCAGGAGUUUGAGUAG